AUGGACUUCUCUCAAAUUACUAACUCUCUUAAAAAUUCUUUUUGUGAUAAUAAUUAUUUUAAUACAGGUAUCAUUCUUGAUGAAAUGAAGAUCGUUAAGGAAAUUUCGAAAGGUUAUGAAUUGGAAACUAAACUCAUUAUGUCUGAAGUCAUCAACGACCAGUAUAAGAGCUUAAAUAUUACAUAUCAAAAUGGUAUCAAAUGGAUCAAGAUUGACAAUCAACUUAAAAUCGUCGUCCCUCAAAUUGACGAUGUCAUCCAUUUAAUCAUUUCAAGUUAUCAUGAUUCUGCUAUUGCUGGACACUGGAGUAAUCGUAAAACUUCUGAAUUAGUCAAAAGAAAUUUCUACUGGUAUGGAAUGAUGGAAGAUAUCCAACUCUACUGCAAGAAUUGCAAAGUUUGUCUAUGCGCCACAGAUGCACACCAAAGAGCCAUGGGAUUGUACUUGCCAUCUCAUGUACCUGUCAGAUGCUUCAUGGAAAUCAAUAUGGACUUUAUAUCCGGGUUGGAUGCCUGCACUGUUGAUCAAGUUGAGUAUACAAGAAUAUUGGUAGUAGUUGACCGUCUAUCAAAGUUUGUAGUACUCAUUCCCAUUCCAAAUCAUACAACGUCAAUUCAAGUUAUCAACUUUAUUCAAGAUCAAGUCUUCUUUACGUUCGGUAUGCCAUCAGUCAUCAUCAGCGAUAAUGAUCCUUUGUUCACAUCAAUACCUUGGAAGAAAUGGAUACAAGCCAACAAUAUUACUCACAAUACAUGCCUACCUUACCACCAUCAAGGUAAUGGUCAAGCUGAAAUCAUGGUCAGAAUUGUCACAAAUGCUCUCAGAAAGUGCCUAAUCAAUUCCAAGUUUGUUUCUAAUCCAGAUAUAUCAUCCAUUGAGUUAAAUAAUAUUCAAAAUGAUUGGGUCGGUUACUUGAAAAGUGUACAAUUCUGCAUCAACAAUACUGUUUCUGAAAGUACUUCAUUUACACCAUUUCAAGUUCUCACUGGUUCUCAUACAAGGUCUCCAAUAUCAUUAAUCAUGCAAUAUGAAGACGACAAGUACUCAAGAUCUUUAGGGUUGGACAAGAAGUCGUAUUGUGAAUUCGUUCAACACAAACUCAAUAUCCUAGAUGUGGUCCAAGAUAACCUGACUGAUAGUAUCGAACGUUCAAGACAGCAGUAUAAUAAGAAUAAAUCACCUAAUAUCCUGGUGGAAGGUGAUAUAGUAUAUCUUCAAGAACUCAAUACUGGUGCGCACCCAAUUAGAAAGUUAGAUAUCCGAAGGACAGGGCCAUAUACAGUAUGUAAACUCAUGGAGAAGGGUAACGUUAUGGUCCGUUUGUUCAAGAGUGAUGAGGUUAAAGAUGAACAAGUGGUUCACAUUUCAAGACUAACUCUGACGUCGAAUGAGUCAAGAAAUCCCGACACGAAUGGCCAGGUUAGUCAUGGUAAUGACACGUCACCAUCAGACGUUGAUCUUACAAGGGAUCAGUCCAGGUCAUUACAGUUAUCAUCACCAUCAUUUUCUGAUAAUGAUAAUAAUAUUAUUGAUACUAAUAAUUCAUAUAUAGGUAAUGCUGCAGCUCAAGAUGAUCGAUCAAUUUCAAUUCAUGUACAUGAUAAAGAUUUAGUUGCCAUUGGUCCAUCCAUAAGUAUGGAUAAUCACUCAAUCUCAAGUAAUGCUUUACAUACUGAUAAUCAUUCAAUCAAUUUUGGUAUUUCUCAUAUGGAUCAAUCUGGUAAUAGUUCCACUCAGUUGGAAAAAGAGGGUAGAUUAUUAUCAAAUAAUAAUAACAAUUCUAGCAAUAUAGUAAAUAAUAAUACAUCAGCCCAACAUCAAUCAUCGAUUCAAGAUAUAGAUUGGAAUAAUAAUCCGGUAAAUAAUAAAAAUAGUAUAUCAACAAUAUCAGAACCAAUUGGUAGCAAUGAUUUUAAUCAAUCAAUUCAACAACAGAAUAAUAUCAAUCUCAAUAAACUAAUCAAUACAGAAUCACUAAAGAAUAAUAUAAAGAGUAAAUCAUUUAUAAAUAGAAUCAAUCAACUCAAAGAAUAUGAGACUAGUAGUGAAUAUGAUCGCAAGCCCAAUAAUAGCAGUAAUCAACUAAUCACAGAACUAAUGUUAUCACCAAUACCACCAAAUACAUUUACAAUAAUAAAGAAAAGGACAUACAAAAUAGUUAAUAAGAAUAAAACAUUUAUAGAGUAUCUAAUUUCAGUAUCAGAUUCACUAGCAUGGGUAUCAGCAGUAACAAUGAAAAGACAACAUAAUCAACAAGAAAUCAAUUUGAAAAUUAUAUCAAAUCAGGACUAG